AUGUCUCCAAACGCUCUCGGUCAAAACAUCGUGCCCACUCACACGUUCGAUACGGCCCCGUCCCUCGACGUUCUCCUCGUACCAGGUGGCAUAGGCACUCGCGGCUCUAGCGCUCCAGUUCUAGGGGCUAUCGAGUUCAUCAAGAGGGUAUAUCCGUCGCUGAAGUACCUGAUAACCGUAUGCACCGGGUCAGGACUCGCUGCACGGUCUGGAGUGCUGGAUGGACGGAAGGCCACUACGAAUAAAAUGGCCUGGGAAGAGAUAACACGGUUAGGACCAAAUGUUCAUUGGGUGUCCCAGGCGAGGUGGGUGGCCGAUGGGAAUAUCUGGACUUCGUCUGGAGUCAGUGCAGGUAUCGAUGUCACUCUUGCUUGGAUCGAGAAGGUCUAUGGAGAGGAUGUCGCUCGUAAGAUUGCGGACGGGAUGGAGUACACUCGGCAUACGGAUGCUAGCCAUGAUCCAUUUGCUGAUUUGUAUGGGCUGUAA